AGGGGUCGUGUGUAUGACUGAGGAAGAGUUCGUCAUGCGCCGUUCACAAAGUCUACACAAUGACUGAACUAUAAGAAGUGAAAAUCCAACGCAGUCUCACGAUAUACUGUACUUACGAUCUGUUGAUUCGUGUUCAUGGACAAUCAGAAGAUUUUGGGCUGAAAGGAUAAGGAGAUUUUGGUGUGGGAGGAUCGGAUGCUUUUGGUUUGAGAAGAUAAGAUUGGGGUCUGGAAGAAUCAGAAAGAGUUUGGUGUGGGAGAAUGAGAAGUUCCUGGACUGAGAAGAUGAGAAGAUUUUGGAUUGAAGGUGGAAUACUCAGCUUGGGUCGAGGCACUUUAUGGCUGAUUGCCAUCGUGUUUAUUCCACCUGGGGAAGGCAGUGACUGCUAUACAGAAAAACAUUCAAAUGGAACCUGUGGGAUUUAUAUUAAUACAACAGCAGUAACCGAGAUGCCUGGAUACAGCUGGCAGAUCGCUGGUAUUGUUCAUGCGAAUGAAGAUGAUUUUAACCCUACCACCAUUGAGAGUCAAGAUCAUACUUAUGUCCUCUUCAGGAGCUGCUUUGGGAAUGUUUCCUACCUCAAUAAAUUUACAGGGACGACCAUCGACUGCCCAUACAAAAGCAACCUUUAUACAAAUUUGACUGACAGUCCCAGUCUGACAACAGCACAGCCCACCACCCCACAACCCAAGAAAACUCCAUAUGAGUUUGUCUGGAUUGCUCUGAGUGUUGGUCUUUUUGUUUGCCUCCUUGGUUGUUGUGUGUAUUAUAAUUGGCAAAAGCUUAAAAGAUGUUUUCAGAAUAGAAGAUACUGGUUCAGAAAUAAUUACACACAAGCGGUGCAGGACUCCAACACCAUUCCUAUGAUGAACUUGAUGUCAAACAGAACUUCUCAAAAUGCCUCACAGUUUACAAACUUGGCUACUUCUGACACAGACUCCCAACAUUUACACUCCCUGUCUCAUUCACAAUUACCUGUCUGAUCACACACACUUGCACUCAAUCGCCACUCACAGAUACCAUCACAGAUGAUUCAUCUAUGGGUAGAAUGCUAAAAACCUUUGUAAACCACACACUGUCAUGAAUCUAUAAUGGUUCCUGUUACAUCUAGCAAAAGGUUACUGUAGCGUUCUCUCCUUGUUUCAUAUAGUCAAUGCUCACAUUUUUGCAUUAAAUUGUCUUAUAAUGAGCAUUUGACAUUUGUGUAGUUUGCAUGGUAAGCAAGAUUUGUUAUUUUAUAUAUAUAAAUAUAUUGUUUAAAUAUCUGUUAGAGAAAUAUUUAAUACAGCAAAGUGUUUUUCUAUCAGGGGCUCGUUUUUUCAAAAGCAUUCAGUGUGAUAAACUGUGUCAUUUUAAAAUAAAAUGUAUCAGCCUGUAAAUUUGCAUAUACAGUAUUAUGCUCACUGUCUGUCAGAAAUUCAGAAAAAAUUGUAUGACUGAAUAAUGCAAAAUACAUUAUAUGUGAUUUCAACAUUAGUGUCUGCUAAAUGAAAUCUAUGAAAGUUGUGCAACGGCUUGUAACGGUGGUUAUGUCUAUAAAAGGAACAUCACAUGACUCUGGCAUGUAGGUGUGUAUUUGAGUCACAAUAGUGUGUUGAUAACUGCAAAACUAUUACUGUGAAAUUCUAAAUCAGAGAACAGUGCCCUCUCGUCAGAAACUGGGCCAAACGGCAGUUUUCACAUAAUAUUGACCCCAAUAAUAGAGGACAGUAAACCUGAACUGCUAUACAAGCUGCACAUUGACUACUCUAAAGUAUAUCCACGUUUCUUUUCUAUAGUAAUUUCCUUCGAGAACAUAAUAAAAUGGUUGU